AUGGGCUCCGCUGGAGAGUAUUCUUUCUCCGCGCCUCCUGAGGUCGUCUCGGCCCACGGCUUGCUGUUCGACUUCGACGGCACCAUCAUCGACAGUACAGAAGCUAUCGUCAAACACUGGCACAAGCAAGGCGAACUGAUGGGAGUCGAUCCCAACGUCAUCCUUGCCACAUCGCACGGACGGAGAAGUAUCGAUACCUUCAAGAUCUACGACCCGUCCAAGGCCAAUUGGGAGUAUAUUAGCCACCAUGAAGGCUUGAUACCCAAAGAAUUUGGCGAGAAUGCAGUGGAGAUCUCUGGUGCUCGCCAACUGCUGGCAAGCCUCGAAGCCGUCAAUGCGCCUUGGGCGGUCGUGACAUCGGCUACCCGGGCUUUGCUCACGGGCUGGAUUGAAGUGUUGAAGCUCGCCCAUCCUCGUUGCAUUGUAGUGGCAGAGGACGUGGAAGAGGGCAAACCUCACCCAGAGUGUUAUCGGCUAGGUCGCCAGAAGCUGGAUUUAGCCGAGGACGCUCACAUGAUCGUUGUCGAAGAUGCGCCGUCAGGAGUCCGUGCAGGCAAGGCCGCUGGCUUCAAGGUCGUUGCCCUAACCACCACGCACACCAUUGGUCAAGUGAAGGAAGCGGGGGCAGACUGGAUUGUGCAAGACUUGAGAAGUGUCACCCUCAAGGGCUUUGCCGAGGGAGUCGUCCAGAUCGAGAUCACCAAUGCCUUGGUCAGUGCGUAG